AGUCUCUGAGCCCGGUUUACGAGGCCGGAGUCGGAUUCUCUUCAAUCCUUUUGCUUAGGCCCCGGAUCCUUCUCCAUCCGCCUCCAUCGGGCUGUAGUUCGGCGCCGAUCCCCGUCUCCCGCUGUAGUUGAGGCCGAGGAAGCCCUGGGAACGAGCCGAGGUCGGUAUUUCUGAGUGAGCGGCACGUUCUCAGCGGUGCUGAAAACAACCAGUGUACUCGAUGACAUUCCAGCGCAAUGUCAGAGCGUUUGGGGCAAACUACCAAGGGGAAGGAUGGAAAAUCGAAGUACUCCUCCCUCAGUCUGUUUGAUAAAUACAAAGGAAAGUCUCUAGAAACCCAGAAACAUUCAGGAGUUGUCCCUCGACAUGGCUUGCAAAGUCUUGGUAAAGUGGCUGCUGCUCGGCGCAUGCCGCCACCUGCAAAUCUUCCCAGCUUGAAGGCUGAAAACAAAGGAAACGAUCCAAACGUGACGAUUGUACCAAAAGACGGAACAGGAUGGGCAAGCAAACAGGAGCAGCCGGACCAAAAGAAUACCAGUGUAUCAGCAGCACAGCAGCCGGAGUCGCUGUCGCAGCCGGUUUUGCAGACGUCUGCCUCCAGUGUGGCAAAAACAGCUCCAGUCCAAGAGAGCACAAAUUCAACACAAGGUGGAGUAAAGUCGUGGGCACAAUUAAAAGCAAAGCCGGUAGGACCAGGGCCAGGAGCUGGUACAAAGGGAUUAAACAAGCAGUUACCGUUCUCUCACGAGGAAUUUCCAACACUGAAAGCAGCUGGAGACCAGGAAAAGGCUGGAAAAGAAAAGGACACCACAGAUCAAUCAUAUGGGCCAGGACCAAGCCUCCGCCCACAAAAUGUCGCCAUUUGGAGGGAGGGUGGCGGUCGAAACCUGAAUCCCACAGCAUCAUCGACUACAUCACCAGAAGUGGAAGCCAAAAGCUCGGGCCAAGAUGAUCCAGUAAAUGUACCAGUGUCAUCAAAUGAGCAAAAGGAACCUUCCCUAAGGCCUGCUACUCCACUGAGGAGAGGAUCAGGAAUGUUGCUGCAGACUGGGUCUCACCAGUUCCCAUCCACUUACCGUGACAUGCUGCCUACAUUUAUGUGCCCACCACAAUCACAACCUCAGCCUACCCCUGUCCUUGGUCCACAGGGAUCUUUACAGUAUCCAUUCCAGCCAGCUGAGCCAAUUAAAUAUCCCCGUGGAGUUUCUCGUUCUACACGCCCAGUUAGGCCUGCUCGGCGACCAGGUGAGCCUACUGAUCGACCUGCCAUCAUUAAUCCUGAUGAUCUGAAAGAACUGGAUCAGCUGGACAUUGAAACAGAAGAUGGAUGGGCAGGUGAACACGAGGAAGUGGAUUAUUCAGAAAAACUUAAAUUCAGUGAUGACGAUGAUGAAGAGAUCUCAAGAGAGAGAAAAGAAAAAUGGGAAAGGGAUAUGAAAAUGGUACGCCAACGUUCUUUAACUGCUAAGCUUGAAGCAAAGGUGGAACCUUCCAUUUGUGGUGAAUCCAUUUGGGGUAACGCAUUAUCUUCCAGCCAACCAAGCCAUGGCCUUCAAGAUGCUGAGCCACGUUGGAGCUUAAACUCUGCUGAGACAAGGGCUGGCGUCUUCCAAAAACUGACAGGAGCUAAUAGGUGGGCAGACUCUCAUGCUGAGAAAGAUGAAGUGUGGCGGCAGAGGCCAAAUUCUGGCACCAAUGAACGUUCCGAGGCAUUAGAGCGAGUCAGGAGGAGGCGUGAAGAAGAGGAACGACGGGCUCAGGAAGAGAGACUAGCUGCUUGUGCUGAAAAACUAAAGAAACUCGAUCAAAAACGUGGAGCGAUAGAGAACUCUGUUAAGUUUGCCAUGCAGAAGAAGGAUGAUGUUGAAACUAAGGAGAGCAAGGACUCUGUACCUCUGUCUAUACAGCAGAAGCCCUACGCUGAGAACAAGCAGAAUCUACCAAAAGAAAAAUGUGAGCUGCCUGUGGAACUCCCCACCGAGGACAAGGUGAAAAAAGAAGUUCCUGCAGCUAGUGCUGAAAGCGAUGAUGAGAACAACACGCAGGGAAAUGAGCCUACACUGCCAAUUCAGAACUACAGCAAGUUCCACAAGUCCCUGCCGCCUAGGUUCCAACGACAACAACAGGAACAGCUGUUAAAGAUGCAGCAAAGACAGCAACAACAGCAGGGACCUUUAAUACCACCACCAGUUGCACCUCCACAUUCCCACACUCAGAGACAUGUCUACCCAAGUCCAGUUGGCCCACCCCCUCCACACAUGCUUGGCUAUGAUCCUCGUUGGAUGAUGAUGCCUUCGUAUAUGGAUCCUCGAUUGACCCCGGGAAGGGCACCAAUUGACUUUUACCCAUCAGGUGUUCUUCCCUCUGGAAUGAUAAAGCCUGUGAUGCGCCCUGAUCAUUCAGACAAUGUUACUUCAGGAUCUGAGCAGCAAGAAAGGUCUCCUGUACUGUUACAGGAGAAAAGAACACCUACAGAACCACAAUUCAGUUGGAGUCAAGAGGACUACUCAACUGCUCAAAACAGGACUUUUAUGUUAAACUCUCAGAGAUCGCAGGAGGAUGGUGCUGCAGAAGAUAGAGGAGCUAGGAAUGAAAGACUUCCCACUCCACCUGUGAGAGCUGAUCCGAUUUCCCAGCAAACCAUGAAGAUACAGAGAGAUCCAUUUGAGGAACAAAUUGAAGAGUAUAGGGUUGCACCAGCAGACAAAUUGCUAAAUAUAGUUCGUUUAGAAUCACAGACAGAGCUAAUAAAGGAUCAAAGACCUGAAGUGGCUCCAAAUGUGUCAGCAGUACUGGGAAGGGAUGUUCUUUUCCAGCAUCAAACAAAUCCUCAAUUACUUCAUAAAGAACUCUUCUCAUCAGAAUCCGAGCAGGUAGGGCUGAAUGGGUCUUCAAGAGACAGCACUGAGGCAUCAAAGCCUGCUGAAAACAUUGAAGAGAUCGUGUCUCAUACCUGGGAUUAUAUGCAUCAGAAAGAGCACUCAAGCCCUAAGGUUGAUGAACAUGAAGAUACCAGAGAGGAGAAAGGUUUUAGGACAGAAAUAUGGCAGACAGAUAAUUUGUCAAAGAUGGAGUCUAAACCUGCAUCUCAGUGGGAGCCACUAAAAGGAAACCAUGUUGAUCGUCGUGAGACUGUAGGGAAGAUGAUAGGUAGACGAUCUGGACCAAUUAAAAAACCAGUCCUUAAAGACCUUAAGACUGAAAAGAAUGAAGAGACAGAGAAAGUGAAAUUGGAAUCUCUUCAGAAAAACAAUCAGAAUAAAGCUGAACAGAUAAAGCCUGAGGGUAAGGCGAUGAAAACUAAUGGAGGCAUUGCACCUUCAUCACAAACUUCCAUUUCAUGUUUGAACAUCAGACAUAAAGAAUUGACUGCCUCACCAGUGCCUCCAGCUAAAUUUGACUGGGAAAUAGAGAAACAACAAAGAAAGGAGAAUAAAGCUUGGGAAGUGAGACCUAUGAAUAAAGACAACAUUGAUUUCCCUCCACCACAGAGGGGAAACUGGAUUGAAGAUGAUGAUCAACAAAAUUUCAGCAAUCGAGGCCAAGGGCGAGGAAGGGGUAGAGGUCGAGGAGAUUACUCUGGCAGAGUAGGAGAGAUCAGAAGCUCUUACAAUAACAACUUCAGCAGAGGAAGUCGGCAGAAUCCUAAAGAGUACAGUAAUUCAUUAGAAGAUGGCCAAAAGAAUUCCAACAGGCGUCGAAAUGCCAGUGAGACACGCAGUGAGGGGUCUGAAUAUGAAGAUAUACCAAAACGGCGGAGGCACAGGGGAUCUGGAGCUGGCAAUGAUGCCACAAUUGAGUCAGCAUAUUCAGACAGAGAGGGGAAGAAUAUGUUCAAAGACCCUUUAAGAAGAUCUAAGAGGAUACCUGAUGGGCCUGUAAUUAGUGAAAUGGAAGAUGAAAGGGGACCAUCAAAAAUGUUUGAGAGGGCAUUACCUCCUCGUUUGAGUAACUCUGGGAGAGGGCGCAACUUUGCACCUCGUGGAAUACCCUCAAGGCAAAACAGAACGGGUAUGUUCAAGCUAAAUGGUACCUAUCAACUAAAUGGGGAUGUUUCAACUUCCCUGAUGUUGUCUAAAAGGCAGCCUCCAAAGGAAUCUACAAAAGUGCUUAACAGGGCUUUGGAAGUGGCACUAGAAAAUGCUGGAGAGGAAAAUGGAGUGGCAGACAAGAUCUCAUUUUCUGGAAUCUCAGCCACAGAAGAUCAACCACCCAAAAGGGAACGAUCAAUGGAUAUGCCGCCACGGAGGAGGAGACCUCCUCGACAGGACAAACCUCCACGAUUUAGGCGGCUCAAACAAGAAAGAGAUGCAGCCACUGAGAUAAACAACGAUGUAUCUGUUCCCAUAGACAGUUAUAUAUCUAGCAUGACUACAAGAACAGAUGAUCAUGAAAUGGCUUCCCUUGUUGCUGGAAAUAAGUCACCAGAUCUAUCCAAUCAAAAUUCUUCGGACCAAGCAAAUGAGGAGUGGGAAACAGCUUCUGAAAGUAGUGACUUUACUGAGAGACGAGAUAGAGAGAACAGAACAUCCCAGAAUAGCCUGCCUCCUGAGGUAGAUGUGGCAGACACCGGACUUGGGCAGAGGAAAGAAUUAGCUAAACGCAGCUUUUCUAGCCAACGCCCAAUUGAUAGGCAAAACCGCAGGGCAAAUCCAGGGUAUGGAGGAAAAUCUCCAAAGACUAAUGGAACUGGUCCCAGAAAUGAAAAGACAUCUGGGCAACCUUCAAGAAGCAAAAGGUAUGUAGAAGAACAACUGUGUGAUCAGAUAGCAGUGAAUGGAGGGAGUGUCAACACAGUGUAUUGUGUAGAGCGUGUGGUUCCCAAUGACCCAGCAGCUGUACAAAAUGCAGUGAAGGACGUAUCAAAUAAAAAGAAGGAAAAAGAUGUAAAGCCUGGUGUGAAAAAGCCAAAAGAGAAGACUGAUGCUUUGGCCCAGUUUGAUUUAAAUAAUUAUGCAAGUGUUGUCAUUAUUGAUGAUCACCCAGCUGUAGCUGUGGAGGAGCAACAGUCUGUGUCAACUGUGAAUGAUGGUUUUACUGAAGUAAUCUCAAAAAAGCACCGUCGUUUGCUUGAAGAAGAGCGCAGGAAGAAAGAGCAAACUUUGCAGGCACCUGGGAAAACUCGGAAUGAGAAGAGCUGGACAUCUUCAUCCAAGAUUCCUCCUCGUUUUGUUAAAAAGCAGCAGAUUUCCAAUGCAAUAACUGAACAGACAGAAGAAAGCUCCUUCUCUAAGGUGCAAUCCACAUCCAACAGUCUAGGAACAGAGAUCUGGGAGAACGCCAAUGCAGCCCUUCCUGUUCAGCCUACGAGCAGUGAUGGUUGGGUGAAACCUUUGAAUUCUUACCCAGGGUCCGAAUCUACUUGCACUGAAAGUUUCAAGGCAAGUCAACCCGACAGUGGAGUUGAACUCAGUGCUGAUUCCCAAGGUUCAUCUGCAACAUCAUCGCAGCGAAGCUCACCUUAUGGUGCGCUUAAGCCAGAGGGAGGUGUAAUGACUGAAGUCAACGGAGCCAGUGCAGACACAUCAGUAGAUAAAUCGAAUGGGAAAACAGAAGAUCCCAAGGAACCACGGCAAAAGUCAGAAAGACCAGAGAACAAGGUUCCAGAACCAGCUGAAGGGCAGAACAAAGACCACAAGCCUGGACCAAUAGGAAAUGAACGAUCCCUAAAAAACAAGAAGGCUAAGGAGUGCCUGGAACCAGAGGGAGCAGAGCGAAGUGAUGGGGGCAUUAGUUCGAAAACGGCAGCAGAUAACAGAACAAAUUCCAAAACAGGUCUGGAUUUACACGUAGAAUCUGUCAUUCCAGUUCCUCCGAUAGAGUUUGGAGUGAGCCCGAAGGAUUCUGAUUUCACUUUGCCACAGAAUUCAGUGCCGAAUCCCGUUUCCAACUCGAUCACUAAAUUGCAGGAUGUAUUGGUGAACAAUGUGACACUGAGCCAGUCAAUCCCUAUUCUGCGACGAGAGCAUCUCCAGCAGGGUCCCAACCUCACUCCUGUUUCUCUACCAAGCACGGACCUUACAUUAAAGAUGGAGUCUGCCCGCAAAGCCUGGGAAAAUUCUCCCAAUGUUGCUGAGCAAAAUUCUCCUGGUAGCAGUAGUGCCAGUACACAGACUCCAUGUAACACUGGCCCACCUAGUGGAGUAGGCUACAGCUCAAUUGGAUGUUCUUCUGUGCCACCUAUGCCUAUGGUGUCAGUUGCACCUUCAGUAUCUUUGCCAGGGAGCCAUAUUUCUCCUUUGUACAUGGAUGGCCACGUUUUUGCCAGUCAAACACGACUCCUUCCUCAAUCAAUUCCACAACAGCAAAGUUUCCAGGCUGGACUUUCUCAGGCUGCUGCAGCACAUCAGAUUCCAAUGCCUGUGCAUACAUCCUUACAGGCCCAGGCACCCCUUGGAUUGAGGAAUGGACUGCCUGUCUCCCAAUCCCAAGAAAUGUUUGGUUCAAUGCAGCCGUUCAGGUCACAAGUAUACAUGCAUGCCAGUCUGUCUCAGCCAUCCACAAUGGUCUUGUCCGGGGCUCCUCUGAAAACUCCAUAUACAGCUUUCCCUGCAGUUCCAACCUCUGAUAUGGUAAAACCACAGCCAGGAUCUCACUAUCAAGCAAUUGGAGGAAAUCAGACCCUCAUGUAUGAAAGUCAACUAAACCAACCUGGACUCACCACUUCACAGAUCAUGGACUCUCAGCUGAUACAGGUGACCAUGUCUAUGCCUGGAUCCCAAUUGUCGCUGCCCAGAUUUGGCUCAGGCCAGCAACAAUUAAUUGCAUUAACUCAGUCCAUUCAGCUUCCCCAAGCGCAGAGCUUGAGUGUUGGAGGGACCAGAAGACUCCUGCCCCCAGGAUCACAGCCUCCUAUUCUACCUACUGGCAGAGAGAUUCCCCAAAUGGACCUAAAAGCAUUUCAGUUUGCAGACAACAAACAGAUUUCCUCUGGGAUCUCUGGCAGUCCUGUACCAAACCUCUUCAGACCCAGUUGCUCUAGCCCAAGUGGGAAAACUUCUGGACCUGGACCAGCUGCUAACACAAUGGGCCUAAAUAUUCCAGGAGCUAUCCAGGGCCACUAUGCCCAACAGAUGCCACCUCCACCCCAGGGCAACAUGAUCAUGCACAUGAGGCCUCCCAGUGUAGGAACAUAUCCUACUCCAAUUCAGCGUCCUGUAAUGCAAAUGAACAAAGGGCCCAUUGCACCUCCUAUCACAGUACGUCCGCCUCGAAUGCACAACCCCAGUCGAGAGAAUUCAGUGCCAGCAAUUCGAGCUUGCAACUCUGAAAGAGGAGAAGAAGAUAUCAAGGCUAAACAGCGGGCAGAGGUGCUACAGUUGACCCAAAAAUUCUUUGAACAGCAUCAGCAGGGGAAGCUUGCUAACCUGGCCCAGAAGGUAGAACCAGCCACUUCUAAUGCUGACCACGGAGAAGAAAGCUCAACCUUAAACGUAUCAAACAUUCAGGACCCAGCUAGCGAGGCUGUGACACAGGAAAGAGCUCUUUGAACUGGACCAGUUGAACACCAUGGCAUUAAUGCAGAAGAUGGGGAAGCAUAAGGAUCCCCUACAGUUUAAAAUAAAAUGAUAUAUAUCUAAAUAUAUAUAUAUAAAAAUCAGAAAGGACCCGGGAUAUCUGGAAUGCUAAGACUUCAUUUUUUUUUUAAAAAUGCUGUUUCAUUUGCUGCUCAGUCUUGAAAAGCAGAGAGUAAAACUGAUACCAGUGCAAGGUAAUGUGAACUUGAGGUUUUUGUACUUCUUAUUAGAGGAUAAUUAUUAAUUCAGUAUCCACAGUUGAAUUCAGGAUAUGUACCCAACUUGGGCAAGAGUAUCCAUUUGAAACGGUGCAGGAUGGCUGCAUAGAAGAAUUGUACUGAGUUCUGGUUGUUGACAUGUGCUAGUUUCCUUUCUUAUACAGUAAAUUGCACCUGACGUCACGGCUUUACAGCAUGGUGCAUCAGCUAACUUCUAGUCAUUGGUUCUUUUGUGAAUGGGGGACAAAAAUCAGAAGUUUGGAAUAUGUAAAUUAUUUCUGUGACAUACAUGCAGAAAAACAUAGUUGUACAAUGUCACUUGAUAAUCCAUUCAUAUUUAUUUUGGCCGUGUACUGAAAAAUCAGGUUGACCAAGAUGUUGUCCAUUUCAACUUUGUGAUUUUCAUAAUGACUGAAAGGUGCAAUUCCCACAGUAGUAGUUUGGAAUAAGUCAAAUUUUCCAUUAGUUCAAGACUGCAGCACAAUAUUAAAUAGUUCUAAGUUACAUUCACGGAGGAAUUUUACUUGGAGAAAUGGCAGUUGUUGAAUGCAGUUUUAUUAGUUGCUUGAUGGCUUAUUUCACUUCAUGGUGUUUAACUGUUUCUUUACACAGCAAGUGCCACAAAUGUGUAGAAGUAAGGAUACACUAUUGAAAUCCUAUACAAAUACAAAAAUCAAUAGUACAUUUUUUUUCCUUAAACACUUAAAUGGUUUGUUAAUUAUUUGCAACUGAAGCUGGCUGGCAACUUUGAUGAUGUCAUUUUUUUGUAGAGUUUUACUGUUUAGAUUUCACUUCUUGCAGCAUAUUUUGUCCAUUACAAUUGAGAAUGGGUUAUGACCAGUGCUGUAUUUCCAAUAUAGCUAAUUGAACCAUUUGAAUUGGACAUUAGCACGCACAUCUUACUGCCCAAAAUAUAAAUCCUUCUUAUCCAGCACUGUAGUGUCUGUAAGUGCUAAAUGUUGAGGAGAAAAGUUAUUGAUUCUGCAAAGUGAGAGUCCUUUCCUGGAGGAGCAUGACACCAAAUAAGGAAUAGGUACUCAUUUGUUAAAAAAUAGUACCAUGCUUUUAAGUCAUGACCUGUAUAGUGCAUGUGGAUAAAUAUAAUAAAUAAAUGUGCAUAUGUAUUCAUGCGCAUUGCAAUAACUUAGUAACUUUGGCAUCAGUGUUGAUGGACUACUGCAGACAGUCCUGUAAGGCUGAACUAUCCUUGCCUUUGGUAUUUAGAAUACUGCACUCCACUGUACAUAGUUCACUAGUAUACAAGUACAUCAUGAAUUUUGGCCUCCAUUUCUCUGUAAUGGACUGAAUUCCCUUGAUAAGAUGUGCAUUUUGAAUCCAAGGAUUUCAAUUUUACAGUAUACAUUCUGGUAAAUAAUCUCUGGUGACAUUCACCCUCUAUUAUGUUGAUCAAAUCUGGGUGGAAGGAUUUAAUUCAGCUUAUUUGCAGUCAUCAGUUAUGGUAGUACAUACUGGUCUGUUUGGCACUAUUGCAGGGUUUGAGUUAGCACUGUAACUGUGAUAAUACUGAAUAUAUGAUGUAUGUGGCUCAUUUCAACUGAUCCCUGACUGCUGGGCUCACUUCAUUAACAUUCUGAUUGCCAAUGAACUGGUCUAGACAACUAUGAGUACAUGUGUGUAAUUAAAUAACCCAGAUUAGUAUCUUUGUUGAAAGAUUGGUUGUCAAGAAAAAGAUCUCCAAGUUAUUGUGUCUCACACUGAAUAUGUCCUCUUAUUGAGCGCCAGAGCAGUUUUUCUGCAUCUCCACUGUAGAUCUCUUAACUGAAUUAAGCUUCUCAAUCCAGGUUGUUUGCUUGAACAUAAGAGGGUAUAACAAAGGUCAUCAUAAUUGUUAACAUUUCUACUCUGAUGGGAGUUUUCAAUUCAUAUUUUUGGUAUCACUUUUAUACAUUUGAUUAUAAUUUUAAAAUUUCAGGAAAGAUCAGGAUUUAAUCAGGAGUCUCACUAAAAAUCAUCCUGUGGGGUGGGGGGGGGGUUGGUCAGCUCUCAUUUUAAAGUAGUCAUUAGUCUUAAUGCAGGGCUAGUUUAAAAACAAAAUCAUCUUGAUAUUUUUAUUGUGUAGUGUAACCUCGGCAUCCCAAAACAUUGUGUGAAUUUGAAAGGAAUCCAACGGUGUAGAUUAAUGUUUUACAAAGUUGUGGCAUUCAGGAUCAUUUCAGUUGUCUACAGAUGAUGGAUUUAGAAUUUUCUGUUUGUAUGUAAUUUGUGGGAGAAUUGGGGGAAGAUAAGAGAUAAUCAUGUGAUUGGGAGCAUCUGAAAAGAGAUGUGGUAUAGUUUUUUUUUAAAGACUAUUAUUCAAUUCCAGUAACUGAAUGUAAGUUACAACGGACACAGUUUUAAUCCUGGCCUUUCUUGAGUGGCAGAGGAAUGGAAUCACUUGAGUUGUUCUCCCAUUUUUGUAAAGCAUUUUUGUCAAGUGUAUGCACUCGAAUAACUCUAACCUGUCAAUGCAGUUACCAGUUUUUAAACUUCUAAAAUUUUACACCAGUUUUCCAAUGUUUAUUUACCUUGAGAACCACAUGCUGAAAUGAAGUGUGGCAGAAUAAUCAGUACCAAGGAGAAAGUAACUGGAGGUACCAUUUUACUGUAGUUUUUCCAUUUACUUUGGUAGAAAAGUGACUCACUGUUUACUUUGAUAUGCCUUGCAUAGUUGAAUUUCAAGAAAAAGACAACACAACAUUUGGGAAGGGAAUUAGAGGGAUGUGGUUGACAACUAUUAUUGAAGAACCUAAGCUAUUCAAUUAGCUUCUAUAGGAAAAUAAUAUUCUGUAAAUUGCUCACCAUCAGGUAUUUAUGUAGCAUUAUGAUUCUUUGUAAAGGUACCUGCACUUUAAGAGAUUCAAGUCCACAACCUGAGAAAUAGAAUUGUCCUCAUCUUGUUUUGUAGCUUCAGAAAGUAGCAAUACAUCAUGGUGAUCUUUGCCUCAGCAGCUGAACGAAAGCUCUCUGUGCUGGCAGAAAGUUCAAGUUUUGAUGGGAGAAAGAGGAUAUACUAAUGGAUUGUUUAUUGGUAAGGUGUCUGAAAUGCUAAAGCUCCCCAUGAUGACUAUGGUAAAGCUCACGUUCAUUUAUUCAAGAUGUGCUUAUAAUCUGAGUGCACUAUUUGUUUUCUUUCCUCCUCGUGCCAAGAAAUGAAGCCGCAUGCAAACCAAGGUGAGUUUCCAAGGUGUUAGGUGAUGGGCAGAUCUGGAACUUGGAUCCUUGUGACUGUCUAGCUGGCUAUCUGGUUUUCUGUUGUCUUUCACUAGUAUUUUAAUCCAUUUACAACACAAUUGUGGUGUUCCGUAAUUUUAAGCACUACUCAUGGGCUUAUUUUCUUGAACACUGUAAGGACAUGCAACACUGCUUAAGACCUGACCCCUGAGCUUCUGCAGCUGUAACCCAAAUUGCCACCUGGUGGAUGAUUCUCCUUCCCAUCAACCCACUAUUGUCUAGUGCUUCUGUAUGAUUAUUAUAGGCAAGAAGCCUAUAGUUCUCAGUUUUUGUUUUGCAGGAAUGUUUGCCCCAAUUCAACACAGCAGACAGAUUCAACAAAGGAGACUGGUUUCCUUUAUAUACUAAAUGAGAUACCCUCAUUAAAGAUCAACAAUUUUGCUAUAAAAAUAGAUAAUCCCUGUAAUGCAUUUCUCAGAACACAUGUAAUCAGUGAAGCAGUCCCACUGGUGAGUUCUUCCUCUGAAUCAAUGGUCUCCUGAACACUACAUUAUUUAAUAUGUACUGAUGUGUUGAAACGUACCAGCAUUGGGUAUGUUUUACAGUGAUCAAUUAUUUAUAUAUUGUCUUGACAACUCUGUGUAAUGGUGGGGCCAAAAGACCCGUGCACGUUUUCAGAAAUCUGUUGACUUUUAAAUAAUCCAUUUGCAAAUGUUCGCUUGAGUUUCUUGUUCUCAAGCAUCUGACAUAAAUAUUGUACAGCAUUUGGUAGUUAUUUACAUGUUUUUAAUUGUAGUUUUGAUUGUAUAAUGUACAGUGGCUCAUUUAACAAGAGGCAGUGAUGCUGUAGUUUUGAAUUUGAAGAAAAACCUAUCCAGGAAUAUCUUGAGGGUCCAGUUGUCAAGAUUUAUGGAAGAAAUUCCCUCAAGUUGCCUGAAUUUUAUUGUUAAAUCGUCAUCUGCAUUGCACAUGUUCAGCAUGAUUUUAAUUGAUGCAGAUUCACUUUCAACUUUGUCAUUGUUUGUCCCUGCUAUGGAGCUGAUUAUUUUACUUUGUCAAUUGAUUGAGUUUAUAUUUUUUGGUCAAAAAUGUGUGUUCAGCUUGGGAGGGAGAAAUGUACUAAAGCUAAUGCCUUUUAUGUUCAUAACUAAUAAAAUUCAUAUCAAAACCUGUCAUGGGGACGGGGGGAAUUGGAGGCUUUUUUUUACAUCAUGGUUUCAAGUGUGUUUUUGAGUAAAUAUACUUUUUCUGAACCACACAACUCAAUAUCUUUUUAUAUUUUUUUAAUAAAUGUUACACUUCUAUUCCAAGAAGAGUUAAAAGCUCUGAAAGGGUUACCUUAAACACAUUUACCAUUAUAUUUUUUUUGUUUAUAACCAGAAACGUGCAUAAUAGUCUUUUGGCCUUAUCUGUUGUGUUUUUGUGUAGAUUUGAUAUUUGAAAGGGCAGAUAGUGGAUAUGUUGUGUACACUGAGGAGUUAUUUAUUAAUGAGGCUGAACUGGUUGGGUGGGUGUUAGCCUCUGGUUUACAGUUCAGUACCUAUUGUUUGUCCUUUCAAAUAUGUGAUUUGUAAUAGCUCUUUCCAUAUGAAAGGAUCUGGUUUAUUUAAAUAAAGCAGCUGAUGCUUUUUUCACUUGACCAAAUAAAGUGUUAAC